GAGCAUUUUAAAUUUUUAUUUUCCUUUAAUUUUCCUUUUAUCAAAAAAAAAUAAAUAUGAAAUCUAUUGUCUUCCUUGGUGUUCUUGCUUCUGUCGUCUUUGCUUUUCCUGCUGGUCAGAAGAAGCAAUUCAAAAUAGAUGUGAAGAAAUCUAAAAGUAAUUCCGAUAUGACACAUUCAAGUCGUGUUGUAUCCUAUCUUGUCAAAGAAACUCAAACUGCUUAUAAUCACGGUAGUGGUUACUAUGGUCAAAUUGGCAUCGGCACACCACCUCAGUACUUUAAUGUCGUCUUUGAUACUGGCAGUGCCGAUCUCUGGGUUAUUUCCUCCAAUUGUAAAAAUGCAGUAUGCAAAUCCCACAGCGCGAGCUUUGAUGCGCAACGUUCGGUGACUUUUAAAAAUGAAGCUGCCUACACACAAAUUGAAUAUGGUUCUGGCUCUGUCUAUGGCUUACUCGGAAGAGAUAACAUUCAGCUGGGCAACACAACCACUCUCAACUUUACCAAUCAGGCAGUCAUCAACAUUCUUUCUCUCUCGCAGGAUUUUGUUGGUUCUCCCUUCCAAGGGAUCUUUGGCUUAGGCUUGCCUCGUAUCACAAGCGGCGAUUAUGAUCCUCCUCUGGUCAGCAUGGUUCUUCAGGGCAUACUGGAUGAGCCUCUGUUUGCGAUCUACACUCAACAUAGCGCAGGUGAAAUUGAUUUCGGAGGUAUUGAUCGAUCCAGGUUCUUGGGUGAAGUGACUUAUGUCAGCCUUAUUGAUCGUGGUUAUUGGAUGAUUCAAUUGGAGAGCGCUCAGUUCCAAGACAUGACAUAUACAGCAAGAAAAGCAAUUGUCGAUAGCGGCUCGACUCUGAUCAUCAUGCCCAAAAAGGAUGCUGAAGCCUACCAUCAACGAAUCAAGGGUGCUUUCAAGAAUGGUGACGGAACUUGGUCUUUCCCUUGCAAGAAUGUGAAAUCACUUCAGCCGCUUACCUUGCGUACUGCCACUGCUACCUUAUACUUGCCUGCCGAAACACUCUUUUUGACACCAAUGCAGACGAACGGUCAAACCUGUCUUUCUGGCGUCGCAGGUCAAAAUGUGGAUACUUGGGUGCUUGGCGAUGUAUUCUUGAAACAAUUUUACACGGUAACUUUUUUGAUGAUGCUUUAUUUACACAAUACUAAUGAACAAAAAAAGGUAUUUGAUGUAGGUCGACGUCAAAUUGGAUUUGCCGUAGCCAAACCAGAUGUAUCGAUGACAGAUCCCGAUUAUGCAAAAGUAUUACAAUGA